UUUGCCGGCACCACUAAUUGUAACUGUUGCAUAUCUUAUCGAAUAUUUUUUACCCUCCGGACCUCGGCCGGAUCAGAUUAACUCAAUUUCUAUUGGAAAUCUUAUUGAUUCGGAUCGUUUUGAUUUGCAUCAAAUACGAAUCAUGAAGUACUCGAUAUUAUUGAGUUUGUUGAUUCUCUGCUUGAUUCGGUCGCCAGUUGUUCGUUGUGGGACGCGGCCGAGUUUCGUUUCUGAUAAAAUGAUCGCAACAGCAGCUAGCGUGGUGAAUGCUUGUCAGACCCAAACGGGAGUGACGACAGUGGACAUAGAAGCAGUAAGGAAUGGUCAGUGGCCCGAAACACGACAAUUGAAGUGUUACAUGUACUGUCUAUGGGAACAAUUUGGUCUGGUUGACGACAAGAGUGAACUCAGCUUGAAUGGCAUGCUUACAUUUUUUCAAAGAAUACCAGCUUACAGAGCAGAGGUUCAAAAAGCAAUCAGCGAGUGCAAAGGGAUCGGUAAAUACUUGGCCAAAGGUGACAAUUGCGAGUUUGCGUACAGAUUUAACAAAUGUUACGCGGAAUCGUCACCGCGGACAUACUAUCUCUUUUAAUUGGGUUUUACUUUGAAUCGACGGUGAAAUAAGAACGAACGAUGCGACUAUCUCAUUGGACGUUUCGUUUUAAUAUGUAACGAAAUCUUAUCCGUUUGAACGUAGAUUGUUUUCUAUACAACACCAUCAACAACAACA